AGCAAUUUGCGUUGCUCUGAUUUCACAUUUGUACAUUUGUAAGGAUCGUUUUCUUAAGAAUGUUUUGGAAAAUGUUAUUCCAUAGAAGAAAAGUUAUUUUCGUUUGGAAGAUGUUUACUGUCUUUUUUAUUUUUGCGUUCGUAACAACGCACGCACUGGAGGAAAUACCUUCCUACAUUCAUGUAUGUGGCCUCAAAGAUCCUAACUAUGAUCAAUGCGUUAUGGAGAAUAUGAACAAUGUGAAGGAUAAAAUUUGUAAAGGGUUUUCGGAAUUUAAUGUUCCUCCGAGCGAACCAUUAAAUAUUAAGAAAAUAAUUAUCUAUGAUACAAAUGAGCUUAAACUUUACAUCAAAGAUGUAGCAAUAACGAAUUUUUGUGAUUACGUCGUAAACUCGGUCAACACCGAUUCUGACCGACUCCAUUUUAGUUUUGAUGUCACAUUCAAGAAUUUUAUCAUAGACGCUUUGUAUAACUUUGACUUACACGUCCUGGUGUCCCUUGCUCACGAGGGACCAGUUCACAUUCAGGCUAACUCGUCAAUGAAAAUAGACUUAGACGCAAAAGUAGCAACGAAGAACGGUAAAAAGGAGAUAUAUGCUGCGAAAAUAAAAUCGAACCUCUAUGCCUUAAAUUUUGAAUAUACGUUUCCUGAAACUGGAGAGGAAUUAGUUCAAUUGCAUCAAGCUAUUAGAAAUGCCGUAGACGGCAAUAAAAAAGAUGUUCGUAUCGCUAUUAAGCCAAUAAUUGAAAACAGUAUUUCCCAAGUAAUCAUGACAAUUUUUAACGGCAUCACCCGUUCUAAUUAUCAAAAACUGUUCCCUGAAUAAACAUAAAUAUUCUGAUUUUUUAAGAUUAAAUAUUGCACAAUUGCUUCUUAUAUGUUGCUAUCGAACAAAAGAAUAAUUAAAAUAAAUUUUGUCACAAAUUCUAAAAAUCAGCGCUUUGAAAUUUAUUUUAGUUUAAGGGGUUAUGCCUAGUCAGAAGGACGAAAAAAUAUGAAUUUUAAUAAAAAUUUUUUGAAAAAUAUGCAUAUUUAUGUAUAAAAGUAUUUUUAUUUAUAUGAUUAAUGUUUAACGAAGACUUUGUAAUUUUUUGAAAACUAUUAAUUAGUAAUAAAGUUGCAGCCGAUAUCCGGAAUGCCUUUUUA